GAUCCGCGCUUGGUGGAAACCCUUUUUACUCUUUCCCUCUCUCUCGCUCGUAUUCAUCAUCGUCAUCAUCUUCUUUUUCUUUGAGGAAUUAUAACAAACAGGUGGUGGGAUUCAAAUAGAAGGAGUAAAAUUGGGAAGAAAAUGGAAGGGGAGAGGAAGAACGUUGGUAUCCUCGCCAUGGACAUUUAUUUCCCUCCUACUUGCGUUCGACAGGAAGAGUUGGAGGCUUACGAUGGCGCGAGUAAAGGGAAGUAUACCAUCGGGCUCGGGCAGGAUUGCAUGGCCUUCUGCACAGAGUUGGAAGAUGUGAUCUCCAUGAGCUUGACGGUUGUCACAUCCCUCCUCGAGAAAUAUCAGAUAGAUCCAAGUUCCAUUGGCCGCCUAGAAGUGGGAAGUGAGACUGUGAUAGACAAGAGCAAGUCUAUAAAGACAUGGCUGAUGCAAAUAUUUGAGGAAUAUGGCAAUAGCGAUAUUGAAGGAGUUGACUCAACAAACGCUUGCUAUGGGGGGACAGCUGCUUUGCUUAACUGUGUGAAUUGGGUGGAGAGCAACUCAUGGGAUGGCCGUUAUGGACUUGUUGUUUGCACCGACAGUGCGGUUUAUGCAGAAGGACCAGCUCGGCCUACUGGAGGUGCAGCUGCUAUUGCAAUGCUGAUUGGGCCAAAUGCUCCUAUUUCUUUUGAAAGCAAAUUAAGGGGAACUCACAUGGCUCACGUUUAUGACUUUUACAAGCCUAACCUUGCGAGUGAAUAUCCGGUUGUUGAUGGGAAGCUAUCACAGACGUGUUAUCUCAUGGCGCUUGAUUCUUGUUACAGGCUGUUGUGUAACAAGUAUGAAGGUCUUAAAGGAGAACAAUUUUCAAUUUUUGAUGCAGACUAUUUUGUUUUCCAUUCACCGUACAACAAGCUGGUCCAGAAAAGCUUUGCUCGUUUGUACUACAACGAUUUCUUGCGAAAUUGCAGCUGUGUUGAGAAGGACGCGAGGGAAAAAUUGGCGCCUUAUUCAAGCUUGUCUAGCGAGGAAAGCUACCGAAGCCGUGAUCUUGAAAAGGCCUCACAACAAGUCGCAAAGCACUCGUACGAUAAAAAGGUUCAACCGUCCACUUUGCUACCUAAACAAGUUGGAAAUAUGUACACUGCAUCACUUUAUGCAGCAUUUGCAUCGCUCAUUCACGACAAGCACAAGACUCUGGAUGGGCAACGGGUCGUUAUGUUCUCGUAUGGUAGCGGGCUGACUUCGACAAUGUUUUCGCUCAAACUUAAUGAAGGGCAACAUCCGUUCAGCCUAUCAAACAUUGCCGAUGUGAUGAACAUGUCGGAAAAAUUGAGUAAACGGCAUGUGUUCUCCCCCGAGAAAUUCGUUGAGAAUAUGAAGAUUAUGGAACACCGAUACGGAGCGAAGGAUUUCGUGAACAGCGACAACACGAGCCUGCUAUCGGCUGGAACGUUCUACCUCACCCACGUCGAUUCAAUGUAUCGGAGAUAUUAUUUGAAGAAGGGCGAGAACGAGGUUGCCAACGGCAAGAUUGCUCCGAAUUCCCUGGUUCAUUGAUGAAAUGAAUGUAAAAGCAGCCGUCGAUUCCAGAGGAAUAGUCACCUGUCGGAAACUAGAUUGGAAAGCUCGAAUUGGUCAUUUGCUUCAACUAUCUUGUAGCUGCAUGUUGCUUAAAGUUUGUAAAAUUCCAGCUUCCUAGUUAAUGUUAUGUUCAGUAAGCAUAUCCAAUCUUUUGCUACUAUGUAUUGUUCAUUCCACUCUGAUUAGCAAGCAAGAUGGUUAUCAUUCUCUAGUACA